AUGGCUUGCGGUGCUCAAGCGACGAAGAUGGUUGCGAUGCUGGCCAUCCUGCUCAUCGCCACCAUGGCCGACUCCCAUCCCCAGCCGGAGCGGACCUGCAGCAGCUCCGUCGAGUGCGCCUGCGCCGAGAGGUGCGUCCGCGAGUACCCUAGCGUCGACGGCGAUCCCCCUUUCAAGAUCUCUCCCGUUUGCACCCAUCGCACGGAGCACGAGCUCUACGCUCGCCUCUACACGCAUCACGCCUAUUUAGGACACCACAUGAGCCGGCCACAAGGUAUGCGUCUCACCGAGUUCAAGAACGGUUUUGGAUCCAUGACUGUCAAUGACUGGCUCGUCACCGAUGGACCUAGCCGUGACACCAAGGUUGUGGCCCGUGCCAAGGGCGUCCAUAUCCAGGCCGGAAUGGACACCCACAGCUACUACGUUUCUUUCAACAUGGUGUUCGAAGAGGGCAGGUUCAAAGGCUCUACACUUCAAGUCAUGGGAACCGUUGUGGAAAAAGGUGAAUGGGCCAUAGUUGGUGGAACUGGAGAACUUACGUUAGCUCGUGGAGUCAUUUAUAAACACGACUCGGAAUUCGUUCGUGACGAGGGUGACUGUAUUGAGCUUGACAUUCAUUGUCUCUACACCCCUAUGGAAAGAUCAAAGGGUACUUCUUGGACAUUCGAGGCAUGAGCAAACCAUCUAGGUCUGGCGAGGCCCAAGGACCCUACCUGAACAGUGUCUGCUGAUUUAGCAAUUAGCACUUACUUUUUUUUUAGAUGUUAUUUAGCACUUCCGUUGGAAUAGAAAGUUGCAAGAAACUGCCGGGAAUAACCGAUCUUGGUCUGUCGAAAAAAUGUACAAAGCUCUCAGAGAAGGCUUGUCCAGUAGAUCUG